AUGGGAGGUCUUUGCAUCGUCGGUGGUGUUACCGGCUUUGCCAGGACGAGGUCGAUCCCUUCCUUGGUUGCAGGCGUCGGUGUUGGUCUUCUCUAUCUCUGGAGCGCCGAUGCCAUCCGGAAAGGAACUCACAACGGUAUUGAGGGUGCCCUUGGUGCCUCUGCUCUCCUCCUUCUCUCCUCCAUCCCCCGAGUCACCAAAGGCCCCGUCCCAGCACUAUUGGCCGUCACAUCUACAGCGACUGGUCUUUAUUACGCCAAGGUCUACUCGAACUCGCAGUGA